AUGCCUUCCUCUGCUCCUCCUGCCGCAGCUGCCACCGCUGCUCCCGCGCCCGCCGGUCUCGGCGACAACAAGGGCAUCAAGUUCCAGAUCAAGACGGGCAAUGCUCGUUGGGAGUGCACCCUGCAGGACCGCGCUCAGUAUGAGCGCAUGAAGGCCAAGCGCAGCGACUCGAGCGAUUCAAACUCUUCGACCGGAUCUACCUCUACUACCGAGUCACACUAA